GCGGAUAGGGGGGAGAGAGAUAACAAGCGAUUGUUGAUAUAGGUUGUAACGGUGAUUUUUUUUCCUCUGGAUUCUGAAAAUGGUAGUACCUUGUGUUUCUCGUGAGGAUUGAUACAAUGUUCUAACCCUAGGAUGUGGUGUUCACACGGAUGUAAUGUGUAGUGUGUGAUUCAGACACGGCGAGUUAAAGCACUUUGUUGCAUCAUUUCACGAGGCGAGCAGGUGAAGCGAGUCUAACAUGCUUCGAGCUGUGAGUAACACGUUGUGCGCGUGCGUUUGUGUCCAUUUUUUAGUACUCACUGUAUCGGGGUUCACGCCCGACACCAGCUUCAACAUCACCAACCGAGGUCUGACCGCGCCGGUUGGACGCUCGACGUAUGUCCGAACCAGCGACCUUGACAUUCACGUCACGGCCAGCGACCCGUGUACCGUGGCGGUGCUAGACAGUGACCCGUUAAUCCCCAGACCCGGGCGACUCACCCCUUCCAAAUUCCCGUGUCGGUUCGGCCCCAAGGAGGUGACGUACACGCAUUUCGGCGUUCGUCUGCCGUCGUAUGACGUCAUUAGGCUCCAUGUCGUACGAGGCUCCCCCAAUCAACCCGCCAUCAUUCCAGUGGCGUUACACGUCAAAGUGGCGCCCACGCCCCUCGAGGUGGUCUCAAAAAACACGCCCCUGCGCGUAGAAAAGCGGUCAAGUGUGAGUACACUUCUAGACAAAUCCUCGCUGGAGUUCACGUAUGACAGGAACCAGGACCAAUGCCGGCUGUCGUUGUUGCCGUUGACGUCAGGCCUGCCUAGGUACGGACUGGUCUCAAACGACAGCAGCUCCCUGCAAAUGGUGGACUGUGAGGAGUUUCUAAACAAAGGCAUCCAGUACUUUCAUAACGGGGGCGACGACUUCCCCAGCAAGGAUUACAUCCCCUUCCUCGUACAGAUCUACAACCGAGACGGCCAGAGGUUGAGACAGGAAUAUUUCCACAAACUUGUAGUUAUAGCAGCGGGGACCGAGAACCGGAAACCUUUCAUUAGCUCGAGUUCGAAACUCACCAUGGAAGUGUCUCAGUUGGUGCUGACUCCGUUAAAACCGGAUGUCUUGACGGCAGGGGAUGACGAGACUCCUACAGAUCUGCUCACGUUCAGCUUGGUGAACAGCUCUGCUACAGACGACGGGUACUUCAUCAGCACCGACGACCCCCAACAAAAACUAACAUGGUUUAACCAACGCGAUGUUCAAGAAUUAAAGAUUGCUUUUAUCCCGCCUACGAUGAACCUACCAAAAGAAUACCGCGUUGAAAUGCGAGUCAUUGACGCCGAUGGUGAAGCGUCGGCUCCAUUUAUACUCACAAUCACAAUCAGACUCCUGGGAUUGAACUUUCCCACAAUCCUCCUCAACAGAGGUUUAAAAGUAUUUGAAGGCAAGGAUGCGGCGUUAAGUAGCGAAACAAAUUUAAGAAUAUCCAAAACUCCAUCCAGUAAUGUCAAAAUUUGGGUCUUUUCCGGGGUGAACCACGGACGUCUUAUAAUCCCUGACGGCAGACGAUACUUCACGGCAGACGACCUGGACGCAGGUGCCGUCAGCUACAAACACGACGAUUCCGACGCCUACUCCGAUAACGUCAUCUUGGGCUUAACAGAUGGCAGCAACUCAUUCCAAUUUCUCUUCCCCAUAUGGAUUUCACCAAAAGACGACGAAUCCCCGAUUCUAAAUAUAAACGUUGGCCUAGAAGUUUAUGAAAACCCACUGGUAAAAAUAACUCCUUCUAUUCUUAGCGCAAGUGACACAGACAGCGAUAGUUCACAAGUGAAAUUUAUCCUUAAAGAACCUUUCUCGCAAGAUGGCGUCAUUAUGAAACGCCAAUUCCAGGCGCCGGAGUUCCCGGAAGAUUGGCAGCUGAACAACGGAUUUUACGAACAAACGGUGGAGGAGUUUACACAAAGCGACAUCAUCAACGGGCUGAUAUUCUACAAACUGGAGGCGCCGAGGUCUUCAAAGAUGAGCACAGACGUGAUGAGGUUUUAUUUACUGGACGGCGGGGAGCCUCCCAACAGGUCUGAGGUGAAGCAGCUGACCGUGAAGGUGCACCCGUUCGACACGGUGCCGCCGCACCUGGCCAACGAGGUGGAGCUGAACAUGGUCGUGUCGCAGACCGGCGAGGUCAAGCUCGGCCGCAGGUACCUCAAUUACGAGAAGAACUCGGGCUACAACCCUCGCGACAUCAAGUACGUCAUCACCAAACAGGUCUUCGACACGGACGAGAACACGGCUUUGGAGACCGGAUAUAUCCGGCUCUGCGGGGAGAGCCAGUCGUUACGCACGUUCACGCAGAAGCAGGUCAAUGAGGACCAGAUCUGCUACCUGUCCCCGGCCUUAGAGCACCGUCUGAUUAGCCGUACCCUUCAGUUCGUUUUCGACGUGGAGGAUAAAAACGGAAAUUCCCAAAAAGAUCAAAUUUUCAUCAUAUUUCUGGACGCCAUCGAAUUCCACCGCUUCAAAAUUCGCAACAAAGGUUUGACCGUCGGUGAGGGCGAGACGGUGGCCUUGACCUUGGAUACUAUCAACGUACCCAGCGACGUGGAUGUGAAGUUUUACCUGGAGAAAUAUGCGCAGCACGGGUUGGUCAGGUACGGCAACAACAAGAUGAAGAAGGGAGACUACUUCACCAGAAGUCACAUCAAAGAGGGCCGCGUCACGUACCAGAACCAAAACGGGAAACACGGCGACGAUGAGUUUACGCUCGACGUCACGGACGGCAUUUAUCACAUUCAAACCACGGUCAAGGUCAAAGUGAAAAAUGCGGCGCCGAAGAAAUCCGUCCCGGUCAGUUUGAAGUCUGGACUGUCCGAGGUGAUCCUGGAGGUGCCAGAGAAAGGCUCCGUGUCCCUGAACAAGAUACAGAUAGCCCGCGGCAGCGAGAACCCCUCGAACGUCACCUUCAAACUAGAGCUGCAUCCUACAGAAGGGGAGAUUAUUCAGAGUGGGAAAAAGAUUCGGGAGUUCACGCUCGGGAAUUUGAUUUCCGGUACUGUUGUGUACCAGCAUGUGGGCGGAGAGAUCGGCUUCAGCGAAAAAGUUGACGUUUUUCAACUGACGGUUCUAGACUUUGAGAAGACGACCAUCUUUAAUAAAAACGCCGCUAAAGUUUCGGUAAAGGUGAGAAUUCUGCCCGUGGAUAACAUCCCGCCUGUUGUUUCAUUGGGGAUUCCCUUUGAGGUUUCCGAAGGUCAAAAGGCCGCCAUUUUACCACGUCAUCUGGACGCAACGGACCAGGACACGGAGGACGGAGACAUCCUGUGUUUUAUCGAGAGGCAGCCGGAGAACGGGUACCUGGAGAUUGACGCGGCCAGCCACGAGAAGUCUACCCGAGGUAUUCCUGUAUCGUCCUUCACCAUCGCCAACUUGAGAGCCGGGCAGGUGAACUUCGUCCAGAGCCUGCACCGGAAGCGGGAGCCGGUGGACGACGCCUUCAGCUUGUCUUGCUGUGACGCGGUCAGCUGCUCCCCCACCACCGUGUUCGCCGUCACCAUCCGCCCGGCCAACGACGAGGCCCCCGAGAUCUCUCUGGGUCAGUUUCUCGUCAUAGAGGGCGGGAACAUGAGAAUUGACCUCCCCAGUUUAAAAGUCACCGACCUUGACCUCCCACUUGACCAGCACACGUUCGUCAUCAUCGAGCCGCCGAAACACGGCAAAGUCGUGCGUCAGACCCGGGGCGGGAGUUUCAAGAUCGACAGCUUCACACUAGACGACAUUUCCGGUGACUCCACCAUCGGGUACGACCACGACGACAGCGACACCACAGAGGACUCCUUCACCUUCUGCCUGACCGACGGCGUCCACAACCUGACCAAGACCGUCCACAUCAAAAUUAUGUCCUUAGACGACGAAGCGCCAAAGCUAGUGGUCAACGCGGGGUUAAAAAUCAGUCCCGGACGGGCGAAGAAGAUUACGAACACCGUCUUGAAAGCGGUGGACCAGGACUCUAGAAAAGACACGAUUUUAUUCUACAUCAAACAAGAGCCCAAGUACGGAUACCUGAGGAAAGUCGACGACAACGUGGUGACGAAUUUAACACAGGAUCAGAGCUUCACGCAGAGGGAUAUUGAUAAACAAAAGAUUGAGUACGUUCACACAGACUUAGAAGGCGUCCGGGACUUGAUUAAGUUCGACAUCACCGACCAGCUGAAUUAUCUGAACGAUCGGAAUUUUUACGUGGAGGUGGACAGCAUCGAGGCGACUCUACCCAAGGUCCACAGCGCCAAACUGGACGUAUACCAAUCCGGUGAGGUUGUCUUGAGUCCCGAGAACCUCGGCGCUGGGGAAAUCAUUGGUGAAUCGUUGACGUUCAUCAUCAAGCGAGCGCCAAGUCGAGGGCAUUUAGAAUCUGUGAGCACGCCGGGGCUGCCUGUGUCCAGGUUCACAGACUCCCAGCUCAACGCCAGGAGGAUCCAGUACGUCUACACAGGGGAGGAGGAGAUGGUGGUGGACGGAUUUGAACUAGAGGUCAAUGACUCCACCAACCGCAUCAUCGCUGUUGUCCAAGUGUCCGUCAGCGAUGUAGAAAACGGAAAGCCGUUGGUGAUCUCGCAGUCGUUACACAUCAAACAAGGCGGCGUGAAGGUGAUCACGCCGUUAGAGCUGAGGAUCGAAGAUCGUGACACCGAUCCAUCCAACGUGAUCGUCACCAUCACCACACCACCAUCCCGAGGUGUCCUGUUGCACACCUUAUCUCGCGACGUCACCAGUUUCACGGCCGCAGACCUCACCAACAAACACAUCAGCUACCAGCACGACGGCUCAGAGUCGAGCAACGACAGCUUCAGCUUCACCGUGUCGGACGGCACCCACCCCGACUUCUACGCCUACCCCGAAGCCGAGCCGACCGUUAACCCCCAAACAGUCACCAUCCAAAUUUUUCCAAACAUCAACCAGUUUCACAUUGUGAAGGUAAACAAAGGCGCGUCGUACCUUACAAGAUUGGAAGGCGACCAUCUUGGAUUUAGAUUUAGCAGUCGUAUUCUAAGCAUCAAGGAGGAUGAAUACGUCAACGACAAGAUCCACUACUCACUUACCUCCCCUCCAAAGCAUGGUUACAUCAUCAACCGUGCUUACGGAGGGAACGACAUCACCACCUGGACUCAAGGUGACAUCAACCUGCAGCAGAUCGAGUACAUCCUCAGGCCAGGUGCCAACGUAACCAACGACACGUUCUUCUUCACCAUCUCCGACAAAGAUGGACAUGUACUGGCCAGUCAGCCGUUCUACCUCAGCUGGGCGUGGAUCUCACUAGAGAACAACACCUUUGUGGUCAGCGAGAUUGACCAGUACUUGAAUGUCACGCUCAGGAGGCGGGGCAAUAUGGAGGAGACAAGCUACGUCACCAUCCAGGUGGUCGACGGGUCAGCCAAGUCAGGUGAGGAUUUCAUCAGCAAGUACGCCAAGCAGGUGCAGUUUAGUCCAGGCCAGAGAGAGAAAGUCUGGCGCCUGAGGAUCAACGACGACAGCAUGUUCGAGAACAUGGAGACGUUCGAGCUGAGGCUGAGCGACCCCGUGGCUGCGGUGCUGGAGUUGCCGGACGUGGCGCAAGUCACGAUAGUGGAUGAGGAGGACGAGUCCCAGAUCUUCUUCGUUGACCGUGAGUACCGUGUGUCUGAGGAUAUUGGUGUCAUCCUGCUCCCCAUCAAACGUAUUGCAGACUCCAGGCAGGAGUCCACGGUUAUAUGCUACACCGUACAAGGCACUGCUCAAGGCCAGUUCCCCAUCACCCCCUUCUCCAACUCGGACUUCGUGCCCCGACCUGCAGACGACACAAGCAUCAUCAGGGUGGGCAGGGAUGAGAAGGAGAGCUUCUGCGAGAUCACCAUCAUCAACGACAACAACAACGAGGGGGAGGAGCAGUUCACGGCCGUGCUGUCUGACCCCACCGGCACCAAGCUGGGCCGGAACUCGGUCAUCACCAUCAUCAUAGAGCCGGACAAGCAGGACCUGCCCAAGAUUUUUCUGGCCAGCAAGGAGUACGAGGUGGACGAGAGCGGCCAUUUUGUGGAGGUCAAGGUCAGAAGGGCCGGAACUGACCUGAGCAUGUCUUCAAGCGUGACGGUGAAAACGAGGAAAAGUGACCCCCAGUCGGCCGAAGCCGGCAUCGAUUACUUCGCUUUGAACAAGGUCCUGGAGUUCGGUCCCAACGUUACAGAGCGGACGGUUACCGUUACAAUAGUGGACGACAGUGAGCAGCCGUCAAUAGAGGGGCCGGAGAGGUUCAUUGUCCAGCUGAGGUCACCGGUCAACGCUCUACUGGUUGACCCCACAACGGCCAUGGUCACCAUUGAUGACGCCAUCUCGGACUUGCCCAGUGUCCAGUUUAAACAGUCCAGCUACCAAGUCCGCGAGAACGAGGGUGAGGUCCGGGCGAGCGUGCUGAGAACAGGGGACAUCACCCACGAGUCCACUGUCGUCUGCUACACCCAGCAGGGCACGGCACGGGCAGGCGACGACUACGUAGAGAGGGUGGAGGACAUCGACUCAGUCCUGGUCUUCCAGAAAGGUGAGUCAGAGAAAGACUGCAGGGUGCGGCUCAUCAAUGACGCUGUUCUAGAAGACACCAAGAGCUUCCGGCUCAUCCUGGCCGCGGCAGAAAGUAGGUCACUGGGCGCGGCCAUUGUGGGAAGACAGAACUCAACUGUCGUCACGAUACUGGACGAGGAUGAUUACCCUCUGAUCAAGCUGGCCGAGAGAAGGUUCAGUGUGAAGGAGCCCAUGUUUAAAGGAGAGGUCAACUACCUAAAGAUCCCCGUCAUCAGGAAAGGUGACGUGUCACAGACGGCCAUCGUCACCAUCAACAGCAAGGACGUCACCGCCACUUCCGGGAAGGACUACAUGGGGUUCUUUCAGGAGCUUGUCUUUAAGACUAACAUGACCAGGAUUGAGGUUGAUGUGGCCAUAUUUCACAACGAAGAAAAAGAAUACAGUGAAAUGUUUCAAGUCAUUCUCAAAGCGGGCAGUGGGUUGGUCAAGUUAGAGAAUGUAGAAGCCACGGUCACCAUUGAAGAACGUACCAAAGUAGCCGAUGUCCAGUUCCCCGCCCCGCCAGUUGUGAUGUCUCUAGCAGACUAUGAUCGUCCAGAACUGGCCCAGAACAAUCCGGUACCAGGGUACCCUCUCAUCUGUGUGACGGCCUGUAACCCUAAACACCCCAGCUACAGUAAGACCAGCUCCAGGUGUUUCACCGACGGUGUCAACGACAAGCUGACAACAUUCUCUUGGUCUGUGGCACCACCCGCUGUCAAUGUGGACAGUACAAAUCAACUACAAGUUGUCCAGUCUAGAACUUUCUUCACCUCACCGCGGUCUAUCACGCUGGACAGUAUUUAUUUUACAGCAGGCAGUCAAGUUGAGUGUGUUACAACUGCAGUUAACCGGGAAGGUGACCCGGGCUCUAGUGUGACCAGCGAGGCUGUAACUAUCAGUCAGGAAAAGGGAAUCUGUCAGCACAAAUCUGGGAAGAUUUUGGGACCUCAGCCCUUCACAGCUAGAUUAAAUUACACAGGUCAAGAUGACCCAAAGAACGGCAAGAAGAUCAAACUGACCGUUAUACUGCCCCAUCAUGAUGGUAUGUUCCCAGUCUAUUCCACCAACAAACUUACUGACCUCAUUGAAAUGGUGGCCAGUUCUGAACACACCCAGCACAAGUGCAGCAACCUCAACAGCCUGAAAGAGGACUUAACCAAGGCAAACGACCACUCACAGAGUAGGUUCCCCUACCAGUAUGAUGCCACUCUAAGGUCCAAGUCUACUGUCCAGUUUUACAGGUACUUGGACCUCCACUCCUGCAUGUGGGUCUAUGAAAGUUACUUUAACCUGGAGGAACUGGUCAGAGACUGUGGUGCUGUGCUCUCCUGGGAUGAACAGAUUGCCAGCAGUAAACAGUCCCUGGUCACCGCCCAACUCCCACUCCAUGUCUCGUAUGUCAACCUUGACCCUGCUGAUGAAAACAAGUCCACGCACUUUGACCUGACGUCUAAGUUGACCCUAGUCUACACGUUUGACACACCUUUUAACUGGCAGAAUGGAACCAAGAGUUUCUCCACAUUGUCUAACUUAGAAGGAAUUCUGUAUCCCACAAGUAUAAAAAUCACAGAUGAAAGACAGCUGACUGUCACAUUCUUGACAGAAGCCAAGUUCAAAGUUCAAUUUGUCACAUCAGUAUUUGCAUUUGACAAUGACAACAGAGCUGUUUCCAUAGAGAAUACAGAUUUGACCUUUCACCUGCAACCCAUGAACAGUGAUCUCCCAUUUAUGCGCGCAUAUCAAGAGUGGAAUUUUACUACAGAUAUAUCAAAUUACAUGGAUUUUUCUGGCAACUACAUCAUUGAGCUGAUACCCUGCUUUGAGGUGAUCGAGCACAAGUUCUCUCAGUCCAACAGAUGCAGCCUUCAGGAGACUGUGUCCUUCCUCCUGCCCAUCAGGCUUCACCAAGUCAGCCAUCUAGUUCCCACUGAAUAUUCCCACAACACACAAUUUCACCUUACCAACAGCAAAGAGAAGUGGGCAUCGGACCCAAACAUGGCUGUUUCAGAAGAUAUUGAUGCUGGAUUUCUACCAUAUGAUAAAAUCUACGGGCGAGUCAGCCUAGACCCUGUGAUUGACCAAGACAAGUAUUAUGACCUGCAGUUGGACCAGGUGUACCUGUGUACAGGCAAAGAUGGCUACAUCCCCAAAUACGACAAAUCCACGGAGAAUCUGGGCUGCCAAGUCAAGACGCCAAACCUGCUCUACUCAUUUAAACUAUUGGAUAACGAGGCUAGCGAUGAGACCAACAUUCCCUUUAAAGCUCUGUGGGCGUCCACGGACCCAGGUGCUGGUCAGCUGGUCAAACAGACCGGGACAGACGGCUUUUCUUUUGAUGCUCUCAAAAUCUUCCAGAUUGAUCCGGAGCGUUUGUGGUUUAUUCAAGUCUCUUUCACAAUCCACCUGCACAACUCUAGCAAGAAACUCAAACGAGAUACCGAGCUGGAUUCAGAGUCGUUUUCUUUUUACUCUAACCAAGAAGAGCUCGUUAACGAAAGAGACUACACCAGUGAGCAAGAAGGGGAAGAACUCUCAGGUUUUGUUAAAGGUGUUAACAUGAUUCACGUCAAGCUGAAGUAUCAGAACACAACAGACAUUGAUGCGCAAAGGGAUGCCAGUGUAUUAAAUGAAUCAGAUAUUCCAUUAUUACCAAUAAUUAUUGCCGUAAUAGCAUUAAUUGUGGUGAUAUGCAUCUUAGCAAUAGUUCUGUUUAUCAGACAGAGGCGGAAAGCUUCAUCUCCCCCUCCAUCCCCAACUAGCACAAUCACAAUCAUAAAAAAUGGACACAGUUUAAUCAUAACCCCACAGCAUUACAAUAAAGUUAAUGCAGAUGUCUGAUACUUAUAUAUAAACAAAUAGCUUUAAUCAAUCCAAAACUUAUAAUUUCCACAAAAAAGAUUAAUUUUAAUUUAUUAUUUUUUUUAUAUUGUGAUUUUUUUUUGCCUUUACAUGUAGGCUUAAGCUAUUCAUGUAGCUGGCCUUGAUGAAAUGUUAUAAAAUGAUGCAAAUUUACAUUACUGUUUUUCUUUAAUUGAAUAAUCUCAACACUCUGUGCCAAAGAUUUGAAUUCUAAGUGCAUUUACUUGAUAUGUUUUUCAACUUGUCUUUGUGUUUCACACUUGCAUUACCAAACUGUAUUAAUCCUGAUUUUUUUUGUACUUCAUUAAAGUAAAUCAACAUGUCAACAUUUCCUUUAUGAAAAUAUACAUGUUACUCUAGUGUUGAAGUUAUUGCUUCAAUCAUUACAAAACUAGAAAUGUAUUAAAGUAGUCCUAUUUUUUUUAAUUUUGCAAAAUUACAUGUACAAAGCAAACAUAAGCCUACUCAGACAGAAAAGUAGACCUAAUUUGUGGUAAAUUUAGAUUCUCGUUAAUUAUUUGUAAUUUUUAAAUUAUGUGUUAUGUUUUUCACCUCAGUUUGGAUCACUAUGUUUUUCUGUAAAUUUUGUCUGAAUACUCAAAAAAAGGUACAUAACAAUACUCAUCUCCACUCAUUUCAUCCUUGGGUUUUUAUAAACUAUUGUGCUUUCAGUUAUUUUAUUUCAUCAAUAAGUAAGAAUUCCUAAACAUUUGAAUGGGUAACUUGGAUUUUUAUAGCAAGUUAAUACACUAACAUAGCCUCCUUCAUUUUUUUUUUGUAGAAGUAAACUUUAUAUAAAAUAAAAAAAUGACAGUUAAAGAUUUUAAUUUAACAUAUUAUGCUCAUUCUUUCUUUAAAAAGUAGCUGAGUUCUAAGAUAUUAGGUGUGCAUUUUAAAUUGAUAUUUUAUUAUUUUUUACAAUGUUUGAAGUGCCAACUAAUUGUGUUAGUCUAACUAAUAUUUUCAUCAUAAAAAAGUUUUGUUUUCAGUCAUCAUGACAUACUAGUCAUUUUCUGACACAUAAAUGUUAAAAAUUUCAUCUAUGCAUGUAGCUAUAUCAUUACUUCUGCUAUUUUGUUCAGAAGUUUUAGUUUUUAUGAAGCGUAAUGACCCACCCUGAUAUCAAUAGAAGAGUUAUUAUGAUUUUUAAAAAAAUAUUACUUGUGUUGUUUUGUUAACAAAGAGUUCCUUUACAAAAUGUAUUAACUUAAUAUUUUUGUUUGUUCAUUUGAUGUUGAAAUGUAUCAUAUUUUCCAAGCACUUGAUCUUCGGCUAAAAAUGUGUUUUUCUUGUAGUGUAACAUUAAGUUAAUGUUUAAAAACUGUCAUGAUAUAAUUAAAUAUUUUUGUAUGAAUCAUGUGUGGAAUGGAAUAGUGUAUAAAACAUGUAAAUAUGAUUGAAUAUGUAUGGUAGUUUUAAAAAAUGCACAACUGUAAGCAAAUCUGCUUUUUGGAAUAUGCGGCUGUUUUUUGUUAAUACAUUUGUUUAAAUGUACAUAUUAUGAUUAAUAUAUUUAUUUAAAUGUUUGGAUUAUAAUUCUGUACAUUUUUUUAAGGCCUUAUCAGCUUUUUUACUUCUUUUUUAUGAAGACAGUUAAAAAAUUUUUGCAAAGUUUUUUUCUUUCCACAUUUUAAUAUUUUAGGAUGUGUUUUUUUUAAAACAAAAAGCAACUGAAACAAUUUGUGCAGCCACAAAAUUAAAUAAAUAAAAAAUAAGUAGAAUUUUCUUAAGUAAUGUAGUUAACUUACUAAACAGUAUAAUGGCGCUAUUUCAUAGGGAUAACAUUAACUUCAGCUGUUGGCUGUAAUAACUUUAACUCAUGCAAUAUCUCUUUCUAGGCCUUUGCUUUUAUAUUUAAAUGUGGUUUGAUGUCUAUUAGUCGUGUACAAAAAAACAUAUUUUUGGCACCUCGUUCAUUCCAUUUGUGUGAUCAUUGUGGGCUUCUUGUUCUACCAAAGUAUUUGUGAUGGAAUAGUUUUUAAAGUUUAAAGCAAUAUAUAAGGUGACAAAAUCUCUUCAGUAACAACUUAUCUAUACUUGUAGUAUUCCAUUGUACAAAAAAAAAGUUUCUUUUAAAUAUGAUAAUUGCAAACAUGGUUAUCUUGGAAAAAAAACAACUUCCAAUAAUGGAAAAUAUGACCAAAAAGUAUGAAUACUGCUUUAAACUUAAAGCUAAUCUAUCAAACUGAGGAUACCUUUUUGGUAUGUAAAAAUAACUCAAGAGCAGUAACUCAUGUGUCUUAUUUGCAAAUGUCCCAUUUCAUUUUUGAACAAAUUAAUUAAUACUCCAUCUCAGCAUAAUUUCUUGUUACUAAAUUAAAUAAUUUAACAAUUGGAUUUUAGUGUUUUUCUGUUGGUCCAUCACUGGACUGUCUAAAGGUACUAGCUUUUCUUGCAAGCAUAUCUUACAUUUCAUAAAAGUAUCACUUUUGUGUACAUUUUUAUAAAUAUUUGUUGACACAUUAAAUUUUUUUUUUUAAAUUUGUAUAAUUUUUUUUUUUAACUUUAACUCAUGUUUUGAAAUUAUUUUUCUGAUAUCCUGGUUUAAUUUCUAGUCAUAUAAGUCUUUGCUUUAAGUGUUAAUUCCUUGCAAGUAUUUUUAACAUUGUGUGACUGGGUUGGCAAGGGAUGCUAAUACCUAGCAUGUUCCCAGUUUUUUUCUUUAAGAGUUGUUUUAUUUUUUUCACUUGGGAUGAAAAUUUUAGUAUUUUAUAAAAUUAAGUACGCAUACACAUUCAGUCAAAUUUCAUAUGUAUCAGCAGAAAUUGAAAGUAAAUUUAACUUCAAAAUUUUGUUUCACUAAAAAUGUUUGUAGGCACCUCAAUGGCUAAAAUUGUUUUUCUUUAAAAAAAUUCAGUUGACUUAAUUUAUCAACAUUUAUCUGGCAAGUGUAUAGAUAUUUUUCUUGUUUGACUCUCUCACCACCUGUAACCUUUUAAUCACACAACUUAUUAAGCAGAUUAAAUAAUUACUUUAUUUUUUGCUUGUUUUCUAAAAGUUCAUGAUUUUAGUGUCUUUCUCUGUAUAAAAUUGUAAUUAAUCAGUACUAAAAAAUCUCAUCAAUUUAUAUUUCUGUUUUUUUCUGAUAUCAGUUUUUGGGCUUCUAACCAAAAGUCAACUUGACAUACAGCAGUUACAGUCACAUGAUUAAAAACUGGUCAAAUGAUUGAUAACAUUUGAGUGACAGUCUGCAAGAUUUAUUUCCCAUAAUUAUUUUAUUGUUCAUUCAUUUUUUUCCAGCCAUGUGUCAAUAAAUAACAAUUUACUUGAA